AUGGCAGAAAUACUUGGCCUGGCCUCCAGUAUUAUCACAAUAGUCGAAGUAGCAGGAAAGCUCGGCACCAGCAUCAUCCGACUCAAGCGAUUAUGGGACGAAGUACAAGAUGUCCCCGCCAGCAUUCAGAGAUGCAUCGAGCAGUUGGAGAUCUUGGCUCCUGCCAUUGAAGAAAUGGACCACGAGUUUGAAAAGACUCGCAAUAUGAUCCGAAAUGAUUCUGCGGCCAAGCGAAGCCUGGAAUAUUCUCGGAAAGCGGUAGAGACUCUCGAUACCUUGGUCAGAGACAUGGAGACACAGAUCAGCGCGGUAAAGGCCAGUCGAAGACUGAUCGCCAUUUCGUACCAACAGAUCGAAACCAUCAAGCCUCUCAUUCUCAUGGGAAUGAGAAUUUCUGAUGUCGACUCAUCGGAUCUGUUUUUCUACAUAUGCCUCUGGUUGUGGAAGGAUCCUCAAGCAGAGGGUCCAAUAGAGAUUGCCCAUGAAUGGACAAAAGAAAUAGAGGGCAUAUUAAGUGAGGGUCUGGAAGGGCGUCAUUUCAGAGCUGCCUUCUGGAGAGUUCCAAAUGUAUACACUCUGUUAUCGGAGACAGGAUCUGUCCGUCAAGUGUUGCCCUCAUUUGACUGGAUCGAUGUCAAUCCAGCGGUUCCUUUAGAGUUGAUAAAAAGUGGUCUCGCUCGAAUUUCAGACUUUCGUCCGAUUUACUGCACAACACGCCCGGAUGGUACUUGCGACUGCUAUGAUUCGAACCUCAUAUUCCAGUAUUUCCACGCACUCUUGAACAACGACAAAGGCUUCCACGACUGGAGGUGCUUAGCGAGAAAGGCGCUCCUAGGAGUUUCACCCUUGGAUAUCGUUCAUCCCCAUGAUGGAGCCUUCUGGAAUCUUACCAGUACUCUUGCAGCACUAUGGAAACGGCAAUUCCGACUCCUCCCUUUCGAACGGUGGAUACAAAACGCCGUUACUCUGUGGCUCGAGGAUGUUGCAGCAGCUGGCAUCAACCUAGUAGAGUAUAUGAGUCUAGAACUACUAUACAGCCAGGAUCUCCAAAGGGAUGCCGCGUGCCAGGACACGAAAAUGGAGUUUAGGCUAGGGGCGCAUUUGCCAGAGUCUGGGCCUUCACUGGUAAUUCUGUCAGUAGGGCCACGUGCUGAUGACUGGUCCUUUUCCUGGGAUCCAUGUGUAGAGGAGCUGUCUGGAGAGUUCUGGACAGCACUUGAAGAUUCUCGGAUAAAAGUGCCUGGAGCUUGGGUAGACGAGAGAACUGAGGAUUUUGAGUGCCUUAUGGGAAACCCCACCGCAUGUUGGUUCCGGCGGCAGGAGAGGUACUACAAGAAUAAGUCCAAUAUGGCCACCAAUGAAAUUCCUAAAGAAAUGCAUAUGCAAGCCAUGCGCUUGCAGGGGGCGCAGUGGCCUGAGAUCAAAUAUCGCGAAGGAUUGCGAGUACGAGGAAUGACUACGUGCGAGGAGUUUUCGCCGUACAAGGCAUGGUUUUGGAUUUGA